UUCAAAUCUGAACAUCAAUGAUGUCCUAGGGAAUUACUCCCUGACUCUUGUUGAUGCCUUGGAUACACUUGCAAUAAUGGGAAAUUCAUCUGAGUUCCAGAAAGCAGUCAAGUUAGUGAUCAACACUGUUUCGUUUGACAAAGAUUCCACCGUCCAAGUCUUUGAAGCUACAAUAAGGGUUCUGGGAAGCCUCCUUUCUGCUCAUAGAAUAAUAACUGACUCCAGACAGCCCUUUGGUGACAUGACAAUUGAGGAUUAUGAUAAUGAAUUGUUGUAUAUGGCCCAUGACCUCGCUGUGCGGCUCCUGCCAGCUUUUGAAAACACCAAGACAGGGAUUCCCUAUCCUCGGGUCAAUCUGAAGACGGGUGUCCCUCCUGACAGCAAUAAUGAAACCUGCACGGCAGGUGCUGGUUCUCUACUAGUGGAAUUUGGUAUUCUGAGCCGACUGCUGGGGGAUUCCACUUUUGAGUGGGUUGCCAGACGAGCUGUGAAAGCCCUCUGGAACCUUCGGAGCAACAAUACAGGAUUACUAGGCAAUGUUGUGAACAUCCAGACAGGCCACUGGGUUGGAAAGCAGAGUGGCUUGGGUGCUGGGCUGGAUUCCUUCUACGAAUACCUCUUGAAAUCUUACAUCCUUUUUGGAGAAAAAGAAGACCUAGAGAUGUUUAAUGCCGCAUAUCAGAGCAUCCAGAGCUACCUGCGAAGAGGCCGGGAAGCCUGCAAUGAAGGAGAAGGGGACCCACCACUCUACGUCAACGUGAACAUGUUCAGUGGGCAGCUCAUGAACACCUGGAUUGACUCUCUGCAGGCUUUCUUCCCUGGACUGCAGGUUCUGAUAGGGGAUGUGGAAGAUGCCAUCUGCCUCCAUGCCUUCUACUAUGCCAUAUGGAAACGGUACGGGGCCCUCCCUGAGCGCUAUAACUGGCAACUCCAGGCCCCUGACGUUCUCUUCUACCCACUGAGACCAGAGUUAGUGGAGUCCACAUAUCUUCUCUACCAGGCAACCAAGAAUCCCUUCUACCUCCAUGUAGGAAUGGAUAUUCUGCAGAGUCUGGAAAAACACACAAAAGUCAAAUGCGGGUAUGCCACACUGCAUCACGUCAUAGACAAGUCUAAAGAGGACCGGAUGGAGAGCUUCUUUCUCAGUGAGACGUGUAAAUACUUGUAUCUGCUGUUUGAUGAAGAUAAUCCAGUUCACAAAUCUGGAACGAGAUACAUGUUUACAACAGAGGGCCACAUCAUAUCUGUGGACAAACGUCUUCGGGAAUUGCCUUGGAAGGAGUUUUUCUCUGAAGAUGGGGAGCGGGACCAAGAAGAGAAGUUUGUACACAGGUCUAAGUCUCAGGAACUCAGAAUCAUUAACUCCAGUUCUAAUUGCAAUCGCGUUCCUGAUGAGAGGAGAUACUCUCUGCCCUUAAAGAGCAUCUACAUGCGCCAGAUCGACCAGAUGGUUGGCUUGAUUUGA